GCCAAGUUUUAAAAGGAUGCGCAAUCAAAGUGCGCAAACGGUCUCACGUGCGAAUCAACGAAGGUGGAAAGACGUAGAAAAGAGAGCUCUUGAUACUUUACAAUAUUAUUAUAUUUUUCUCAUUAAAUAACUUGACACACAUACCAACAUGAAGACAAAGACUGCAGCAAAGCAAGUUAAAGCAAAAGUGACCAAGACGAAAAAGGCUAAGGCUGCUCCACCUCCUCCCAAGGAAAGCUCCAGUGAAGAAGAGUCCAGUAGUGAAGAGGAAUCUGAUGAUGCUGAGGCCCAGGUAGCAGUUACCAAGGCUAUGGCCAAGACCAAUGGAAAGGUUAAUGGAAAAGUCAAUGGAAAAGCAAUUCCAAAUGGAGUACCAGGGACCAACAGUGACUCUGAUGACUCAGAUGAAAGUGAAGAGAGUGAAGAUGAGAGCAUGGAGGAAGAAGAGACACCAGCCCCUGCUCCCAAGAGGAAGGCUGCUGCUAACACUGCCAAAGCACCACCUGCCAAGAAGCAAAAGUCGGAUAGUGAUGAGGAAGAUAGUGAUGAUAAUGAAGACAGUGAUGAUGAGGAUGACAGCGAGGAUGAGGAGGACAGUGAUGAAGAAGAAGAGGUCCCUGCUGUAAAGUCAAAAAAGACUGCACCAGCCAAAAAACCCGCAGCUGCAGAGGAAAGUGAUGAUGAUGAUGAUGAAGAGGACAGUGAUGAAGAGGAAGACAGUGAAGAGGAAGAAUCUGACAGUGAAGAGGAGGAAGCCCCAGUAGAGAACAAAUCAACAAAACGUAAGAAGGAAAAGGAGAGCAAAAAAGAGGCAAAGAAACAGAAAGUUGAAGAACCACAGGAAGGUAUCAAUAUAUUCUGUGGCAAUCUGAAUGCAGACACAACAGAGGAAACCUUUAAGGAAUUCUUUGAGGAAGCUGGUGUAAAUAAUAUCAUCCGAACAUUCAAACGAGUAGGCAAAAAGUUUGGUUAUCUUGAAGUAUCCACUGAAGCAGACUAUGAUAAAGCUAUGGAGAGCCAAGGACAAGAGAUAGAUGGAGCGCCAGUGUCCAUGGAGAAAGCUAAGACAAAGAAAAAGGAUGCAAAAUCUGAAGUUCCUCUCAACAAAGAUGAAAAAACCCUGUUUGUUAAGAAUCUACCAGAAAAUUGCACUAUAGAAGAGCUUAAAGAACAUUUUCCUGAUGCCAUAGAAAUCCGUAUUCCUGAGGAUAAAAUGACUGGUGAUCCAAAGAGGUUUGGCUUCAUCGACUUCAGCUCAGCUGCAGAAGUUAAAGAAGCAGUAAAAGAUAAGCAAGGAUCUGAGCUUAAUGGUAGUGCCCUCUUUUUGGAUACCAUGGGAGGCAAGAAGGAUGGCACCCCAAAGAAGGGAGCAAGAACUGGUGGUGAACAAAGCAACACAUUGUUUGUGAAGAACUUGAGCUUUGACACAACUCCAGAGAGUUUAAAGGAAGCCUUUGGGAGCUGUGUAGAUGCAAGGGUAUCCACAGAUAGAGACACAGGCAGACCUAAAGGGUUUGGUUUUGUUGAGUUUGCUAGUCCUGAAGAUGCCAAGACAGCUCUAGAUGAAAACAAUGGUAUCGAGGUUGAUGGAAGAGAGGUCUCAUUGGACUUUGCUACCCCCAAGGGUGGUGAUAGACGAAGUGGCGGUUUUGGUGGUGGAAGUUUUGGUGGCGGAAGAGGAGGGCGAGGUGGCCGUGGAGGUAGAGGAGGCGGCGGUGGUGGAGGUGGCUGCUUCAACUGUGGCGAAGAUGGUCACUUUUCCAGGGAAUGUCCCAAUAAAAGUGGAGGCGGAGGAGGAGGCGGCAGUGGCUGCUUCAACUGUGGAGAAGAUGGACAUUUCUCCAGAGAGUGUCCCAACAAGAGUUCCGGAGGAAGAGGAGGUCGUGGUGGUCGCGGUGGACGUGGUGGAGGCGGCGGUGGUGGUGGCUGCUUCAACUGUGGGGAAGAUGGACAUUUCUCCAGAGAGUGCCCGAACAAGAGUGGAGGAGGAGGUGGUAUGAAGUGUUACAACUGUGGGGAGGAUGGACAUAUGUCUAGAGACUGCUCUAAGCCAAAGACAGGAGGUGGAAAUUGUUACAACUGUGGAGGAAGUGGUCACAUGUCAAGAGAUUGCACUGAACCACGAAAAGAAGGAGGUGGUCGUGGUGGAGGUAGAGGAGGAGGCAGAGGUCGUGGUGGCAGCAGAGGAGGUGGUCGUGGACGAGGUGGAUUCAGAGGAGGAAGAGGUGGAGUCACUCCACAAGGAAAGAAAACUACAUUUGAUGAUUAAACAUUCUACAUUAUAUAUUCUGUAAAUAAUAUGAAAUGGAACGAGCGGGUAAAAUCUCAAUCCAAGAACUGUACAGUUAGACAAACAUGAGAACAGAUUUUCACAAGUGACUGCCCUCUAUGAUGGGACCCAAUGACACUUGCAGACUUGUGGGAUUUACUAGUCUAAGCUUUGCUUGAGUUUGGUACAGGAGACAUUGCUGGGGUUAUUCCAGAAAUAUGACAAAUUCAAGUCUUUAAGAUCGGUGAUCGGCAUUGGGAAGAAUUGUUAAAUGCACUAAGUAAAAUCAAUUAUUUGAAAGGGAAUAAGUAACAUAUUUAUUUUUAUGUUGAUAGUAAAAACCGAAUAUUUUUUGUUAUACUGUAGCCUGUUGUUUGGUAUUGGAAUUGUUUAUUGAUUGAUGCAUACAUGUGUGAAAUGUAAUUUUUAUUAUGAGUUUUAUAUUAUUAAGAGAAGUAAGGUUUUGGAAUGUGAUAUACAUCUAUAUACAUGAAUAUUUCUUUUAUUGUAUAGUAUUGCUAAUGCAAAACCCUACAUUGUAAUACAUGUAUGAGCCUGUCAAAACUAUUAUUGUUGUGUAAAAACUAUUAUUGUUGUUUCUUUAAACAUGAAAAGAAAUUAGAUAAAAAUAAUAAAGCCAAAAUUUUUCAAUAUUCAAAA